AUGCUUACAAUAUAUUUGCUCGAAUGGUUGGCUCCGUGCACCAUUCUGAUUCCAAUGUUCUACUUCACGGGAAAUCACAAUUUCUCCUAUGUUCUGAAUUCGCAAGACGGCGGUGAUGCAAUUCUGAUGCGAGCCGACGCGAAAUUCAUGAAUUUGGACGGACUUCAGGAUUUUGUGCUCACUUUUGGGUGUUGUGUGUUGAGCACAGCGUGUUAUUUGGCGAUUUUGGUGCAUUUUUUGCAGAAUCGCAGUGUUUUUGUAAGUUUUGGUGGCCUAGAAAUCCAAUUUUUGGUUUUAUAGGCCAUCUAUAAGUUCUGGAGGACUAAAAAUCCCAGUUUUUAGCUCCGGUGGCCUAGAAAUCCGAAACCAAACUUUCUAGGCCAUCGGGGGAAUUUUGGUGGCCUAGAAAUCCGAAAAUUUUGGUUUUCUAGGCCAUCAAAACUUUUUGGUGACCUAGAAAUCCAGUUUUUAGCUUCGUUGGCCUAGAAAUUCAUAAUUCCAAAUUUCUAGGCCGCGAGAACCUUUAAAGAUGUUAAAAUUUGGUUUCUAGGCCAUCUAGAAGUUCUGGCGGCCUAGAAAACCGAAAAUUUGGUUUUCUAGGCCACGAGAACCUUCAGAACAUGUUUUCUAGCUCAAAAAAUCUCAAAUUUCCCGAAUUUCCAGCGUCAAAUCACUCCAUUCUCCACCACAACCUCAAAAACCCUCUCAUCCACCGAAACCGUCAUCCUCAAAUGCGCUAUAUUGUCAUUUCUGUUCUUCAUUCCAAACGCCAUCAAAUCUUUCGUCCUAUUUUUCGCCGAUUCUCCAAAAAUCAUCAAUUUGGUGACGUCAGCCUGGUUUUUCACCACCGAAAUAAUGUGCAUUAGUACACCGUGGAGCCUGAUUUUGACGAGCAAGAAGUUACGCCAACUCGUUUUGCCCGGGAGCUUUUUUAAAGUUAGGCCAACUCAAAGCACACAUGUGUGAGUUUUUUUUUAUGUUUCAAAAAAAAUGUUUUUUUUAAUUUCAGAACUCGCUCAUUUGGCCCCUAA